UUUUUGACGCACGAGGCCUGUAGUUUGAAAGCUGUCUGGGCCCUCUCGCACCGAACCAUUAGCCACAUGACGGACAAACUUACAACACUCUUCAAUCCCAUCCAAAGCUGCAUUUUCCCCCCUUUUUCCUCGGGGCCGCGGAGCGCGGCGGGAUGCCCGCUAGCCCGGGGCCACGCGGGUAGCGGACUGGGCGGAGAACCGGACACGGCUUUGUUUUCCUGCUUGUUUGACUGAACUCCGAGCUAGAACCGGGGCUAAGUAGCCGCCUAGCGGGGCUUAUCCACUUCCUCGUCAGCCCUUCUCAUGGAUAUCGACUACAACUUUAUAGGGAGACGGUUUUUAACGGUUUUUAACGUGGACGGCCCCGCCAUGCGUUGACCGUUGGUUCUGUCCCCGGACCGUUUCUGAGCAGGAGUCGCCGGUAAAAGUGUAAAAGCUGAGCCAAACCGGGCCUAUAAGUGGCUAGCAGGUCCUAGACUAGAUGUCCUUUCUGGGAAACCUUUCAGGACCGAUCGUGGGAUUAAAAAAUAGGUUGUGACGCAAUUUUCCCGCACCAGGUGUCACGAAGAUCCAGUUUUCUUUAUGUAAAAGAAAAUUAUUUUUGUUGGGAUGUGAUUUGGAUUUAAAAAAACAAAAAAAAAGAGGGUGUUGUAGUUGUGUUUACUGUUUUGUGUUGUUUUGUGUUAGUUUUUGUGCUAAAUGCCCAACUCGGGUCGCGGCCGGAGCCCGUCGGCGCCGCCGCGGGACGCCGGCAGGCAGAGCCGGCGCAGCGGCGUCGAGCCCCGGGUGGAGCCCCGGGACAAGCCCCGGGACCGGCCCCGGCGUCCGUCCGCCGCCCGCAGGAGGAGGCGCCGGCAGCCCAAGCAGAGGGGAGACCCCGGCUGCAAAAGUGCGUUUGAGAAGGAGCAGUUUGAGCUCCGGACGUUAGUGGAGUACGACGAUGUGAGCUCCCAGUCCGAGCGUUUUUCUGGUUCCCCCUCUCCCAAACUGGACCUGGGGGACUAUAACGGGCCGGCAUCACCAGACCGGGCUCCCCUGAACCUGAGGACCCCGGUGUGUGUUAGUAAGGAACAAUCAAGAGGACCAUCCAAGAGGAACAAGGAGGGGUUGAGGAAAAAGGAGCGUCAAAGUCGAGAGGUGGACGCCUCCAAAGUUAGAAGUGGAGGCUCUAAAACCCCCAGAGACACUACUAGGAGCGGGGACAGAAAUGGCAAAAGGUCAUCUACGACUCAGUCCUCACAGUCUGCGGAUAAAAGAAAUUCAAAAAGACACAGGAGUAAAACCAGAUCUGAUAAGGAGCCUCCGUCUGCAUACAGAGAUCCUGCACAAUCCUACAGAGAUGACCGUGAAGACCUCAGGGCGUACAGGAGAAGUCCUGGUUAUAAAUCAGAGAGUCCCUAUGGGACGGCACACUCGUAUAGCUACCAGUCUCCCAGUGGAUACACCCAGCCCACAGCUAGGAGAAGUCCACCGUAUGGGGGUAAAAGACUUUCUCCCAGUUCCACGUACUACAGCCGGGAAGCGGAUGGGUAUGGGACUUAUAGUGCACCAAAGUCGCCCAGCGCCUACUCCAGCAACAAACGCAAGCGAUCCCCUGCCAGCCCGGCGACCUGGCGAAGGUCACCGAGUUACGGCCGACAUAGUCCAUACGAACAAGGAGAUUUUGCUGCGAGUCCUUAUGGGAAUCGUAGAAGAUCUCGUAGUCCUUACAGGAAGUCCCUGAGUCCAAGUCCUGACGUCAGGCGAUCCGCUAGGUCACGUAGCAGAAGUCCAUAUUCAACUUCGAGACAUUCACGCUCUCACAGCCGUCACCGCCACUCGCGUUCCCGGAGUCGACCCUCCAGUCUUUCGCCAAGCACGCUCACUUUUAAAACCAGCCUGGCUGCCGAGCUCAGCAAGCAGAAAAAGGUGAAAGCCGCGGAAGCAGCCGCCAAGGCCAAGAACUCGAGCAACACGUCGACUCCAACCAAGGCUCCUGCAUCUGCUCAUCAGCCCAGCCCCAAAUCAAAUCACACAUCCAGGAAGGGGCGGCCUCCCUCUCCACCUCAGCCAGAGAAGGGACCCCGAACCCCCACCUCCAGCCAGCCUCAGUCCCCUGCGGACAGGACGUCCAAGAGGACCACGGAGCAUCAGAGCAGUAAGGGCAGGGAUGACUCUGUACACCGGGACAAGAGGAAAGCACCAGCACCUGGACCGAACAAAGACAAGGAAAGAGUCACCGGUCCAGUUAUCUCUACUCUGCCAUCGUUACCGUUGCCCCAAGUGGUUGCUGAACCCACAGACAAAGGGGAAAGCUUUAAGGACAACUCGCUCUCUGUGAAGAAGAAGUCCGAGAAAAAGCCUCGGACGCUCCUGACCGACUUGCCUCUGCCUCCCGACCUUCUGAGCGCAGUGUCCUCCCCACACAGCCCACCUGAAGACAAGAAGUCCCAAACACUUCGUCGAAGACCUAAAAUUUGUGGCCCGAGGUAUGGCGAGAUUAAAGAGAUUGAGAUUGACUGGGGAAAGCGUUGUGUGGACAAGUUUGAGAUCAUUGGCAUCACGGGGGAAGGUACCUACGGUCAAGUGUACAAGGCUAAAGAUAAAGACACUGCUGAAAUGGUGGCUUUGAAGAAGGUUCGACUGGACAAUGAAAAGGAGGGAUUCCCAAUCACAGCCAUAAGAGAAAUUAAAAUUUUGCGACAGCUCAACCACAAAAGCAUCAUAAACAUGAAAGAGAUCGUCACAGACAAGGAGGAUGCUCUGGACUUCAAGAACGAUAAAGGUGCAUUCUAUCUGGUAUUUGAGUACAUGGACCACGACCUGAUGGGUUUACUGGAGUCGGGCCUGGUCCAUUUUAAUGAAAGCCACAUAAAGUCUUUCAUGCGACAGCUGCUGGAGGGCCUGGAUUACUGCCACAAGAAAAACUUUCUGCACAGAGACAUCAAGUGCUCCAAUAUUCUGCUCAAUAACAAAGGUCAAAUAAAGCUUGCAGACUUUGGUCUCGCCCGGCUGUAUAACUCUGAAGAAAGCCGCCCGUACACCAACAAAGUGAUCACCCUGUGGUACCGACCCCCAGAGUUGCUGUUGGGAGAAGAAAGAUACACACCUGCCAUUGAUGUAUGGAGCUGCGGGUGCAUUCUGGGAGAACUCUUUACAAAGAAGCCCAUCUUCCAAGCCAACCAGGAGCUUGCACAGUUAGAGCUCAUUAGCCGAAUAUGUGGCAGUCCCUGUCCAGCUGUGUGGCCAGAUGUAAUAAAGCUUCCCUUCUUCAACACCAUGAAACCAAAGAAGCAAUACCGAAGACGCCUGCGAGAGGAGUUUGCGUUCAUCCCACCAGCUGCCCUGGACCUGUUCGACCACAUGUUAAACUUAGACCCCAGCAAACGCUGCACAGCGGAGCAAGCUCUGGGCAGCGAGUUUCUGAAGGAUGUGGAUCCCGACAAGAUGCCUCCACCAGACCUUCCGCUUUGGCAGGACUGCCACGAGUUGUGGAGUAAGAAGCGUCGACGGCAGAAGCAGAUGCCGGAGGAACUGGUGGCCCCCAAAGUGCCCCGCAAAGAGCUGAGUCUCGACGACAGCCGCAGUAACACUCCACAGGGCUUCUCUGCCCCCGGAGGCAUCAAAACCCAGAAUGCAGCUGCUUCUGCGCUACUCGAUUCAAAGGGUCCAAACUCUCAGUUCACCCAGGAGCAGCUGGCAGUCCUUCUGAACAUCCUUGGCCAACCCAAAAGUGCAGUCGGCACAGCCCAGUUUGUCCAGUCGAUGAGCACAAAGGUCAACCAGGAGACAUUGCAGCAGCUCACUAAAGCCUUAGCUCCCUCUGAGCCCGCUGAGCUCCCCCCCCAGCCCCCGCCCAGCAAGCCCCCCCAGCCACCGGCCUCAGCAGGAGUCCCCCGCACUCCUCCCAUGCCCAAGCCUCCCUCCCCCCCUCCGUCUGCACCCUCAAAUAUCCCAGACGGUGACGCCGCGGCCGCCAGGCAGACGGCCAUGACGAUGCUGCUCGCUCAGCUCCUUCAGGCCCAACAGGCUCAGCGGCAGGAAGCGAGUGACGGAGGAGAAGCAGAGAGCAGCAACCCAGCUGGAGCCCCGGCGGCACCGCCUCCACCUCCAGAGGUCAAACAGCCUCCAGAACCCAGCCCCGUCUCUCCAGUGUCGGAGGUAGGAGGGGUGUCCAUCCUCCCCCCGGACCAGAGACCCCCGGAGCCCCCGGAGCCCCCCCCACACGCCGACCUGGACUACCGCCAGCCGCCUCCCGAGCCCAAGACGGGCCACGCUCCCCCUAUUGCUCCUCCAAGUGGAGGCGAUGGAGGGAGACCCCCGGAGCCAGACUAUCCGCCCCUCCCCUCCAGCGAAGGUUCGGGGUACGGGGGGGACUACAGCCACCCGCCGCCUCCACCCUUCAAUCCUGCAGGCUACGGGGACAGCUACAUGGGUCACAUGCUGGGUGGAGGCCUGCUGCCCCACUCCCUCAGAGAGGUGUUUAGUGGACACGCUGCUGGCUCCUCCGCCGCCCCCGGUCUCCCCCCGCCCCACCCGGAGGCGUACCCCCCGGGAGCAGCGGUAGCCCCCCCUACGGUACCCAGUAGCAUGGUCUUCACCGGGGACAAGGACCACCGGUUUGAGUACAAUCACAGCCCUUUACACGUGGAGCCGCCCAACCCCAGCACCCUCCACCUGUACAACCACAUGGUGAGGAAGGACGUCCCCCCGCCCCCACCCAUGUCCGUCCCAGGGCCACCCUGGGGAUCCCCCUCCCAGGUCGGGCCCCCACCACUACCCCUCGGCUACGUUCCACACGUGAACUCAUCAGCAAUCAGAGGACGAGGGUUGCCUUUCUGAAAGACUAAGUUUAAAUGCAGCAAAGGAUGAAAGGUUAGAGGACUCCGUUUUUAACCUGAAGCCGCUUUCGGCCGGAUUAGAGGGAUCUGGCGAUGCACAUUCGGUUUUGAUAACUUAAAUUUGUGUCAGGCAUUGUAUUUUUUCCUCAGUCUGGAACCUGUUGCAGGAGGACGGUUAAAUAACACCGGAGGAGCUUUUUCUCGCUCAUACCAUUUUCGUAUUUUUUUGUAAUCUAUUCUGCUGUCUUUUAAAUUAAAAUUUUACCUUUUUUGGGUGUAUAUGUUGGGGACAGGUAAAUUUUAAAUCUCUACCUUAGCCUUUCUGUAAUGCUCCGCAGCAGAGUAGUAUUAAUGUUUUGAACUACUGAUCUAAGUAGGCAGAAACUAUUUUGGCUGUGAAAGAGGAAGAGUUACAUCCGUGCCGUCAGGAACACGACUGGACACGACGAGUCUUCUUAUUUUGUACGAUUAUGAUGUGACAUGAGCGGCUCAUUCGCCCGGGUGGGAUUAGACAUCAGCACAAGGAGCUAUUCGGGGAAAUAGACUGAUGGCACUUGUACAACUGCAGCAAAUCUGAUUUUACAUCAUAGAGAAAGUUUUCACUUUGAAUUUCAACCAUUUUUUGGCUGUAAGUGUUGUAAAGUCAUGAGCAAAAAGAAACAAAUAACUCGAAUUCAAAAAAAAAGAAACUAUCCUUUUUUCUUUUUUUUUUUCUUUUGUACUAAAAUGAUUUGUCCCCCCUCCCUCCUCCUUUGGCAAAUGUUUAUUAAAGAAAUGCCAACAGUG